AUACCAAUCUCGAAACGCAACAUGGCACAGAUGACGUCAUGAUCGGAUUUCUUUAUUUACUCGUCGUGCAAUGCAACAGGUGAAACACGCGCUCCGAUUGGCUUAAAGGGGCUUCUGCGCCAGGAUCGCGGCUCUCGGACGGUGCUUCAAUGUAACUGGAUUGCUUGAGACACUUAUCCGGGCAAGGGAGGGGUAAUGAAUACCUAGCUGCUUGGAGAGAGAGAUCGACACCUCCGAGAUAUGCGAGAAAGAGGCUGUCAUUGUAACAGAGGGCUCUGGAGGGGACAGUAACCUCGCUCUUCACCUGUCACGUCACUGACUCCCUGCCUCCAUCGCACAUCUGUGGAACAAUAACGUAGAAGUGCCUUCUUCACCUCCUCCCUCGCCAGAUGUCAAACCCCAAGCUGCUCUGAUACUGCGCAGUGCUGUGCAUUCAACCCUGUUGUUGUUCUUGAGUAUUUAUACUUUUCCAAACUGUUGCAUGCAGUGUAACAGUUUGCAGGGUGCGCGUCAAGACCUCCGGCGUGCAGUCUUGUUCAUGCCAGCUGCUUUUCUUGAAAUCUCAAUCAGUAGGUGUCAAUCAGAAUAAAUCACCCCUCACGCUUCAGCCUCGCGAUCAAGACCCCAUUCUCAAGGCAGCGACGAUGCAGCCUGUAGAUGGAGGACCCGUGGGGUCUCCUUUGAGGCUCCUGUCCCAGUAAAACCAAUUCUGAACUUUCGAUCCACCCACUAAACUCAGCCACUUCAACGCCAGAGUCCUGGAGCCAUGGAGCUCCCGAAGCUGCUGUACCUGAACAGCACCGGCCGGAGGAACAGUGCCCAAGCCUGGGAAGAGUUCCUGGAAGCCAGCCAGUGCAGGAGCUCUGUUGGGGGCACUACUUUCCUGAUCAUCGCCUAUAGUACGGUGAUCGCCGUGGGGUUGAUCGGCAACACCUGCCUGGUGUUCGUCAUCUCGCGGCAGAAGGAGAUGAGGAACGUCACCAACAUCCUCAUCGCCAACCUCUCCUGCUCCGACAUCCUCAUGUGCAUCGUGUGCCUGCCCGUCACCGUCAUCUACACGCUGAUGGACCGCUGGAUCCUGGGAGAGGCGCUGUGCAAGGUCACCCCCUUCGUCCAGUGCAUGUCGGUCACCGUUUCCAUCUUCUCCUUGGUCCUCAUUGCCCUGGAGAGGCACCAGCUCAUCAUCAACCCCACGGGCUGGAAACCGGCGGUGGGCCACUCCUACCUGGCGGUGGCCAUCACCUGGUUGGUAGCCUGCUUCAUCUCCUUGCCCUUCCUGUCCUUCAACAUCCUGACGGACGCCCCUUUCCAGAAUCUCAGCCUGUCCUUCGAUCCUUUCCCAGACCAUUUUGCCUGCAUGGAGCUCUGGCCCUCGGAGAAGCACCGCCUGGCCUACGCUACCUGCCUCCUCCUCUUCCAGUACUGCCUGCCCCUCUCCCUGGUCCUCUUCUGCUAUUUCCGCAUCUUCCUGAGGCUCCUGCGGAGGAAGGAUAUGGUGGAGCGCUCCAGGGAUUGCAGCGGGGGGAGGAAGUCGGGGAGGAGGAACAGCCACCGGGUCAACGUCAUGCUGGCCUCCAUCGUGGCGGUCUUUGCCCUCUGCUGGCUCCCCCUCAACGUCUUCAACACGCUCUUCGACUGGAACCACCAGGCCAUCCCCGCCUGCCAGCACAACCUCAUCUUCUCCUUCUGCCACCUCACCGCCAUGGCCUCCACCUGUGUCAACCCCGUCCUCUACGGGUUCCUCAACAGCAACUUCCAGAAGGAGGUCAAGUCCAUCCUGUACCGCUGCCGCUGCGGAGGGACCCCGGAGAGCUACGAGAACUUCCCACUCUCCACCGUCAGCACCGAGGUCUCCAAAGCAUCCACCGCUCGUAACGGAUCAGCCAGCCUCGAUGCCUAGAGAGAGAGGGAGAGAGAGGGAGAGAGAGAGAGAGAGA